AUGAAUAUGAGAAAAAAAGUGUUGGUGGUCGGAGGAACUGGCUACCUAGGGCAACAUUUACUGCAAGGUUUUGCAGGGAUCAACGACAGCCCGUACGAUCUUGCAUUUACUCAUCGUUCCAAUUCUACCCCUCCUCGGUUAUUGCUCGACGCCGUACCUAAUUCUCUCGCGUUUCACGUCGAUUUGCUAACCGGAGAUGGAUUUGAAGCGAUUUCGAAUCAAUUCGGCCGGCCUGAUAUUGUUGUUAAUUGCGCGGCAAUUUCUGUGCCUCGUUCGUGUGAAAAGGAUGCGGUUACUGCUAUGUCUGUGAAUGUGCCUUCCUCUCUUGUAAACUGGUUAUCUAUCUUUCAAGAAAAGGAUGGAAACACUCUGCUGAUACAUCUAUCAACUGAUCAGGUUUAUGAAGGAGCGAAAUCGUUCUACAAAGAAGAUGAUGAAACUGUUCCUGUGAAUGUCUAUGGAAAAUCGAAGGUGGCAUCUGAGCGUUUUAUUUCUGAGAAAUGCCCGAAUUUUGCAAUUCUGAGAAGCAGCAUCAUCUUUGGACCGCAGACUAUUUCACCUGUUCCAAAAUCUCUUCCAAUUCAGUGGAUAGAUAGCGUCCUCGCCAAAGGAGAACGUGUAGAGUUUUUCCAUGAUGAGUUCCGAUGCCCUGUGUAUGUCAAGGAUGUUGUUGCUAUAAUACUGUCUUUGACAAACAGAUGGAUAUCAGAGAAUAAGCAAAUGCAGCUGCUUCUGAAUGUUGGUGGGCCGGACAGGGUAUCCCGUGUUCAAAUGGCCGAGGUUGUGGCAGAUGUUAGAGGAUAUGACAGGGCCUGCAUUAAGUCGGUAUCUGCAGCAUCAGUUGAUCGCGGUGUCUUGUCCCCGGCUGAUAUAUCCAUGGAUAUUUCAAGACUAGUUCAAACAUUAAACUUUGUGCCUACUGCAUUCAGGGACGGUGUCAAAUUGACACUUGAAAUUGCUGAAAAAACAUGAAUGUUGCUUCCAUUCGUUUAUUACAAAAUGUGUUCUUCCAUGUUAAUUUAUUUUGUGACUGAAAAUCCAUGAAAAGGGAUAACUGUUAGCCAUGUUACAGGCCUGAUGAGACUUUGAAGUUGAGGAUUUUCUUAAUAUUUUUGUUAUUCUA